AUGUUAGAUAUUGAAAGGCGAAUUAAAAUAGUACGUGAUACCAGAUGUUUCAACUGCCUUCAAGACAAUCAUCAUGCAGCUCAAUGCACACGCUCAAAUUGUAGAAUCUGCAACGAAAAACACAAUUCGUUGCUCCACCGGGUAACAACAACAAAUCCAAUCAAGGCACAAUCGCAAGAACCGCAACAGAGAAAUUCGUCGAUUAGCGUUAAUGCGACACAUCAGUACAACAAAACACUAGCGUUACUACCAACAACGGUACUCAUAUUAGACGGCCGAAAUAGUCUUCAACCAUGUCGAGUACUGCUUGAUUCGGGUGCACAAGUCACGCUCAUUUCUGAGGCGUGCGCACAACGUCUAGAGCUUAAGCGUUCAUACGAUAAAACUUUAAUUCAUGGUGUCGGGGCAGGCACUGGAAGUUAUACAAAGGGUAAGGUGUACCUACAAUUGAAGGCAACGUAUUAUGAGAAGAUGGUAACAACGGAGGCUUUAUGUGUGGAUCGCUUGACACAAAAUCAUCCUGGCCACACAAUCAACAACGAAAAACUUAAUUAUUUCAACAACCUGAAAUUGGCUGAUCCCCAAUACAACUUAACGGGACGGAUAGACAUUAUCUUGGGUGCAGAUAUAUUUAGCGAAUAUUUACUACAAGACAAGAUUGUACACCCAAGUGGAUCUCCAAGCGCAAUACAAACAAUUUUCGGCUGGGUUAUUAUUGGUAACGUUGCUGAUCAGCGAAAUCUUGAAAUAGUAGCAGCGCAUAUGACAGUCGACUUGGGUGAGCAACUGCAGCAGUUUUGGAAAAUCGAGGAAUGUAACGAAACAAUGAAUCACCUGACACCUGAGGAAGAGCAAGCAGAAAUACACUUCCAACAACACGUUCAGAGGGAUUCCAGUGGACGAUACAUCGUCAGACUCCCAUUUAAGAGUACAGUGGUUAACUUGGGGGACUCGAGGCAGGCGGCGUUAAAACGAUUUCAUGGUUUGGAAGCCAAAUUCUAUAAAAAUGUGUUGCUUAAAGAAGAGUAUACCGAGUUUAUUCAAGAAUUUUUCGAGUUGGGGCACAUUGAAGUAGCAAGGAGCUGCUCAUCUAGCAAGACAUAUUUCAUGCGACACCACGCAGUGUUUAAGCCUAGCAGCACUACAACAAGGGUACGCGUAGUGUUCGAUGCGUCCUGUAAAACAGACAAUGGAACGUCACUCAAUGAACAACUACUAGUAGGUCCUACAAUACAGAAGGAUCUGUUCACAAUCCUAAUACAAUUUCGCAGGUACAAAAUCGGGUUCAUUGGGGACAUAGAAAAGAUGUAUCGCCAGGUGCUCAUAUAUCCAGAUGACCGCUCGUAUCAACGCAUCUUAUGGAGAGAUGAUGAAAGUAAGCAAAUCCAGGAAUACAAUUUAAGGACAGUGACGUAUGGAACAGCCUGCGCGGCUUUCCUGGCUACCAGAACACUGCGUUAA